CUCCCCCUAAUAGCCUAACCUACACCUAUCACGUAGCUAUUCCCCUGCUUCUGGGUGCUAUCCAGUUCCGGCAAACCCCCUGCCAAAUAUUAAAAGUACCUGCCUCCUACUAGUAGUACCUACCUAGUAACGUGCGGGGGGCCAAGCCAGUACUAACCCAACAACCCUCGAAAACAACAUUAACAGGAAUAACUGGAACUUUGAACUCCAACAAAACUCCAAGAACUCCAACGCUCCAACACUCCGCAACAACUUUCCCGAUACCAAGAAAAAUAUCUCAAGAUUCGGUACCAUGUGCUUGUGUAAGACUGACCAGGUAGACACCAUCUGACCCUUUUCUUACCUUUGCAUUAUCGUAUCUUCCCAAGAUCUAUGGCCUCCUCUUAUCGGCCUUGUGGGUGUAUCGUAUCGAAUGGCACCGAAAUCAGAACCUGAUACAAGAGACGAAGAGCGUCUCGCCGCCUGCUUCAACUGUAAGAAAUCAAAGUUGAAGUGCGUGCGGCCUAGUGGUUCUUCCACAUGUACUCGAUGCACACAGCGCGCAAUUCAAUGUUCCGCCCCUCUCUUCCACGUCGGUCGACAUAAAGGAGUUAAAAACAAGCAUUCCGGGCUAGAGAAGGCGGUGUUUCAGAUAGAACAGGCAUUAAGGAGAUCACAUGCCGGUGCUAUCGACCAGGUCCAAAGUGCGGAGCAAGCCUCCGAGUUGCGAUAUCUUCUCGAAAGAAGCCGAGAGCUCCUGAAUGAGACUCAUGCGCUUCCGCGGCGCAUAUCUACAGUGAAUGGAUUGGAACAUGAUCAGUCGUCUGUGUCACCUCAGCAAAGCUCAAUCUCAAUAGGGACGUCACCUUCACAGUCUUGUUCCCGCGACGACUCAGCGGUGCACUCUAAUAAGAUUGAAGAAGACCAGCUUAGCUUGGAUGAUGCCGAAAAUCCAUUACAGUUGCUUGCGCGGACAUCUGAAUUAUUAUCAUCAAUUACCCCUCAGGUGCAGGGAACUGGCACAACGCGACCUCCUUCUAAAUUCACUCCCAAUCGUAACACUGCUGGGGAAGGCGAUGAUUUACAAAAGUUCUUCGGCCGAUUUCAAGCGCGACUCGAUGUUGCCGAGGACCUUGAUCCCAUUGAGCUGGGGCUCAUCACUCUUCCGGAAGCCGAGACACUCUUCGCGUAUUUCUAUGAAAACCUCGCGCAUACACGAUGGGGAAUCGACCCCGUGAUACAUACAGUAGAGUUUGUUCGAAGUCGGUCAGCCUUCUUGCUAACCUCGAUCGCCGCUGCGUCGGCAUUGUUUUCCCCCUCCAUGGAAUCCCUAUAUAAGAGGCUUUCGAACCAUCGACAGAAGCUGGCUAGCCUUGUGAUGGCAAAACGUUUUAAAUCCGUCGAGAUCGUAUUGGCUUUCAUGGUUAAUAUACCUUGGAUCUCUGCUGGUGAGCAUUGGGCUGAUGACGAAACCUCGACCUACUUGUCCAUGGCCUUGACGAUAGCCUUGGACUUAUCCUUGAAUAAAAUCGUUCUACAUUCAUCUACAGAGCCCCGAAGCCCGAGGGGAGAUAUUAUUGCCACAUCUGAUUGCAUAUCGGCACGAAAGGCGCUUGGUAUAGACGGGUUUCUCGGGGUCGAUCCAGACUCUCCGAGAGGUCUAAGGCUUCUGAGGAGGAGGGAACGAACUUGGCUAUCCUUGUUCGUCCUUGAAAGAGGUGUGUGCCUUGCCAGGGGGAGGAACUAUGUCCUACCGAUGUCACCUCUCAUAGAGAAUUGCGAUCAAUGGCACGUGAGCGAACUAGCAGACAGAUGGGAUGGUUCCAUUGUAUCCGUUGCAGUUCUAAGAAGAGAUUUGGCAAAUUUGAUUUCAAAAGUGAGAUCAAUAUGUGAUAGUUAUGUGAACGGGAACAGCGAAUUGGCUGUAGUCGACAGAGUCAAAAGCGAAAUCACUAUCUUCUUCGACAGGUGGUACCAAACUUGGCCUGUGCAAAUAGGCGACCGCGAACAACUAUCUUUACCUCCUUAUGUCGAGAUUCUUGCUUCGCAUACUCGACUAUCUUUAUAUAGUUCCGUGAUCAAUCAUGGCACUGCGCCCGUGGGAGCCCGGCACUUCUUCCGUGCCGCAGGCCUCUCAUCUGCGCUGAACGUUUUACGGGUGGCAGUUCAAGGUGAAGGCCAGCUAAGGUCUAUGCCCAACAACACGGCUAUCAUGAUAUCCUUUGCUGCGUGUUUCGCGCUCAGGGUUAGUACCGUUGCCGAUGGUCGGGGCUCAAGUUUAGCCCCGAGUAUUAGGGCCUUAAUCGCGGAAACCACGGAUGCAUUGGAAAGGAUAGGAUCAACUCCGAUACAACGGAAGGGGCUCUCUUGUCUGUUCGCAGGGCAACUGAGGCAGAUCCUGAAGUACGCAUCGCGGGCUUCAGAGACUGUUCCAUCUCUACCAGAGCCAAACGGAGACGCUCCCAAAACUGCCCCCAUGUAUACGGACUUGCCCCCUGCCCACAUAGCCAACCACCAAGGGACAAUACAAAUGCCGGUGCCAGCGUCAUCUCUACCGGUGGACUAUUUACUAUUCUCUACGAUGUCCAAUGAAAACCAGUUAGACGAGGCCAUUCACAAUACGGAAAUUGGACUCAAUGCAUUCUGGGAGGAUUUUCAAUUUCAAAGCGCAGACCUGGAUUGGAUGGACUGGUCGACAUUUGGAUCAUGACAUAAACGUUGUACAACUUCUACAUGAAAUAUGGAUGGAUGUUUUUUGAUGAUAUGGGUACUACUCUGGCGUCUGCGAGAUAAACGGGGGCAUUGAUGCGGUGUUAGGUAUGGUUCCUGGACAUUUCUGGAUCAACGUGUUAGCUUGGUAGCUACUAGGUAUAGGUACUUUAACCAUGUGAUUUCUGCUUGUUCUUUCUGGAUUUUUCUGGACACCUAGACAGGAGCAGACACCUUUACUAGGACCCUUCUCGCAGAAGAUGCUACAUACGAUGGGUUACAAAGUGUGUGUGUGUGUGUGUGUGUGUGUGUGUGUCGAUGAACAACCCAGACAAGACAUGUGAUUGAUUGGGCACGGCACGGCGUUACUAUGUUUACUAUUUUGAAGACAGCACCACAAAGUUCCUGCUUAGUGUAGGGCUUCUAGAAUGGUGUUCGAAGGGUUGCUUGCUUGCU